AUGUCAUAAUUUAGAUUUGAGAAUAAACCUUCAAAGCAGUUUCCAUUAGACAAUAAAGUUUGGAAAUUGUAAGAGCACCCAUGCAUAAAUGAUGAACCUUUGCUAAUUGAGGAAUCAGAAGUAGGCUAUCAAAUUGAGAUUAUAAGAAUCUUCAAUGAUUCUAGGUGUCAACAAUAUACUGAAAGUAUUAUUAUAAAUAAUUACACUGUUCAAUCUGUUUCGCAGGUCUUUGACAAUUAAUUAGAUUCAGAACUUUGUUCUGAAAAUAUGAAUAAUAAAUGGGACCAAUACCAAUUCAAGCAAAUUCCUUGA